GUUGUGUAGGUUAAGUUUUUGUUUUGAUUUGUUUUCAAAUUUCAAAACAGUUUCUUCCCAAGAACAAAAUGUUAACUAAAGACUUUUACAACACAAUUUUAUCGCAAACGUUCAGUCCUUGCGGAAAUUACCUCGUUGUUGGAGAUAUAUAUGGCGAAUUAUCAAUUUUCCACCUUUCAAAAAUAGUAGAAGCAGAAGCACUGCUCAGCAAAGACGAUCUGACACCCAAAAAUAGGUUCACAGUGAAGGGUGACUAUCAAGUCAACAGUCUGUUAACCCUUCCUAACCAUCUGCUAGUUGGUGGGGUUGGGGAAAUUUUUGCUUACUGUUGGAAAGCAAUCAAAACCACCAAGAAACCACAGCUUGCUUGGAGUAUAGAAAUUCCAGAGCAAAAAGAUGAUAUAGGCAAGACUGAUGUAGUAGCACUACAAUUUGAUGAAGACAAAAAUCUGAUUUAUGCAGCUUGUGGGGAUAAUGUGUAUAUUUUCCAUUUAGAAACUAGAAAACUUCUGAAAACUUUGAGCAAUCACACUGACUAUUUACAUUGCAUCACCAAAUUUGGAAAUGAUCUUCUUUCAAGUGGUGAAGAUGGGACAGUUAAUAUUUGGGAUCUGAGAACCUACAAAGUGUCCAAUAAAAUUGAACCACAUGUGAAUGAAUCAGUUGCAAGACCAGAACUUGGCAAAUGGAUUGGGGCACUAAGUGCCAAUGAAGAUUACGUGCUGUGUGGAGGAGGUCCCAGAUUAUCCUUGUGGCACUAUCGUUUCUUAUCAACUUCCACAGUGUUUCCUUUGGAUGAUAAAGGCAUUCAUGUGGCAGAAAUUUAUAAGGAAAAAAUAUUGGCAGGUGGCAUUUCCAAACUUUUUUAUCAAAUGUCUUUUGUGGGAGAGAUAGUGAGUGAGAUACCUGUAUCUGCAGUUACAACUUACAGUGCCAUUCAUCAAGAUGAGCCCUUCAAAGUGUUGAGUUUGGCCGGGUCCAGUUCCAAAAUCGCAAUUUGCAGUAAUUUUUUAUAUAAGAAUCAACAGUUGUCUUUGAGUUAGAGUUGAAAAAUAAAGUUUUCAUUGAAUUCAG